CAAUCGCGUGCCCGCAUUCCCUGCCCCGCGCCCCGCGCACACCGCGCGCUAAUACCCCCGUCUCCGCAAUCUCCCCCUCAGUCGCCGGUCAUCUGUCGCGCUGAACGCACGUCCGUAUCCAACCGAUCUCGCGGUCGAUACGCGCUCCCGACCGCACUGCCGGCUUUACUCACUACGAGAUAAUUCCAGUGAUACUAUAGUUUUGCGAUAACUCCAGUGGUAUUGCUGCCGGCUCUGUAAUAUCAGCUGACGACACAGCUAAGGAUUUCUUCUAAAACAUCCCAGUUGAGAAUUAAGAUAUAGUGAAAGAUGCCGUCGGUGACGACGAACGGGAUGGGGGGCGCAGAUGACAUAGUGCUGACGGGGCUGUCGGGCCGCCUGCCCGAGUCCAACUCCAUCGACGAGUUCGCGCAGCAGCUGUUCGAUGGCGUCGACCUGGUCACAGCUGAUGGCAGGAGGUGGAUGCCUGGUUUGCACGGUUUGCCGGAGCGAAAUGGCAAGCUCAAGGACCUGGUCCACUUCGACGCGACAUUCUUCGGAGUACACGCGAAGCAGGCGCACCUCAUGGACCCGCAGCUUCGACUGCUGCUGGAGCUGACCCACGAGGCCGUGGUGGACGCAGGAUUGACCCCCAACGCCCUCCGAGGCACCCGCACCGGCGUCUUCGUGGGCGUCUCCAACUCGGAGACCGAGGAGCUCUGGACCGCCGACCCGGAUAAGAUAAACGGAUACGCGCUGACUGGUUGUUGCCGAGCCAUGUUCCCCAACAGAAUCUCUUACACAUACGACUUAAAAGGCCCGUCGUAUGCCGUAGACACGGCUUGCUCGUCCUCCAUGUUCGCGCUAGCUCAGGCCGCGGCCUCCAUGAAGGCAGGUCACUGCGACGCCGCCAUCGUCGCCGGAUGCAACCUGUGUCUGAAGCCCGCCAACUCGCUCAACUUCCACCGUCUCUCCAUGUUGUCGCCUGAAGGCCGAUGCGCUGCGUUCGACGCGGCCGGCAAGGGCUACGUGCGUUCGGAAGCCGCUGUGGCAGUGCUUCUGCAAAAGCGCGGGAACGCCAACAGAGUAUACGCAACGUUGAGGAACGUCCGUACUAACACCGACGGGUACAAGACGCAGGGUAUCACGUUUCCGAACGGACAGAUGCAGAAGCAGCUGGCUGAGGAGACGUUCAAGGAGGUCGGCAUCCGGCCCAGGGACGUCGCCUACGUGGAGGCCCACGGCACCGGCACUAAGGUCGGUGACCCACAAGAAGUGAACGCAAUCGCCGAUCUAUUCUGUAAGGACCGUUCGAAGCCACUGCUCCUGGGUUCCGUGAAGUCCAACAUGGGCCACUCGGAACCCGCCUCUGGGCUGUGUUCCAUCGCCAAGGUGGUGGUCGCUAUGGAGGCUGGCGUCAUUCCCGCUAACCUGCACUUCAAGAGCCCCAACACUGACAUCCCGGCGCUCAAUGAUGGCAGCAUUCAGGUAGUCGACAAAAACACUCCCUGGGACGGCGGCAUCGUGGCCAUCAACUCAUUCGGGUUCGGCGGCGCUAACGCUCACGUCAUCCUCGAGUCUGAGCCUAAACGCGAGAAGCGCCCGGCUCAGUACCCGGUGCCCCGCCUUCUGGUGGCCUCUGGGAGGACAGAAGAGGCGGUCCAUGAGAUGCUAGCCCAUGGAGUGAAGCACGCGACUGACGCGGAGUUGCAUGCCCUGAUUGAUUCGGUGCACUCUGAGAACAUUCCUGGACAUUCGUUCAGGGGUUACUCGGUACUCGCUGAUUCGCCGGUUGAGGAUAUUGUGGAAAUGGAAGGUGGCACCGACGCGCGGCCGAUCUGGUUCGUGUUCUCCGGCAUGGGUUCCCAAUGGGCGGGCAUGGGCAAGGAGCUUCUCUCCCUGCCGGCCUUCGCCGCGUCCAUCAAGCGCUCCGCCGCGGCCCUCGCGCCGCACGGGUUGAAGCUCGAGGAGAUCCUCACCACCGCCCCUGAAGAGGUGUUCGAUGAUGUGCUGAUCUGUUUUGUCUCGAUCGCCGCGGUGCAAGUCGCGUUGGUUGAUGUUUUGAAGACUGUCGGGAUUACCCCUGAUGGCAUUGUUGGGCACUCUGUUGGGGAGAUUGGUUGCGCAUACGCCGACGGCACCCUAACCGCGGAGCAGUGCGUGCUGGCCGCGUACAGUCGGGGCCGCAGCAUCGCGGACGCGCGCCUGCCGCCCGGCGCCAUGGCCGCCGUGGGGCUGUCCUGGGAGGAGGCCACCCGGCGCUGCCCGCCCGACGUGUUCCCCGCCUGCCAUAACUCUGAGGACAGCGUCACUAUCUCCGGCCCGCCCGACUCGCUCGAGAAGUUCGUCGCCGAAUUAUCAGCUGAGGGCAUUUUCGCGCGCCGCGUUAAGUCAGCCGGCGUGGCUUUCCACAGCAAGUACAUCGCGACCGCUGCCCCUCUACUCCGCAAGAGUCUCGACAAGAUCAUCCCGAACCCCAAGCCGAGGUCCAGCAAGUGGGUGUCGUCGUCUGUGACGAGGGACCAAUGGGGAUCGGAGAUUGCCAAGAUGUCCGACUCAGCGUACCACGUGAACAACCUCCUAUCCCCCGUCCGCUUCGCCGACGCCAUCAAGGAGAUCCCCGAGCGAGCGCUGGUCAUCGAGCUCGCGCCGCACGCCCUACUUCAGGCCGUCUUGAAGCGCGCCAUCAAGGGCGCCGCGUGCGUGCCGCUGGUGCGACGCGACCAGCCGCGGCCGCUGGUGCAGUUGUUGUCGGGGGUUGGCAAGAUCUACAGCCUGGGCGCGCAGCCGCAGCCCGGUGCCCUCUACCCGAAGGUCUCGUUCCCCGUGUCCCGCGGCACGCCCGGACUGGCCAGCCAGGUGAAGUGGGACCACUCGAUUGAGUGGAGCGUCGCUGAUUAUAGCAACGCGAGCCGCACCGGCGAAAACGUGAUCGAAUACGACCUCUCAAAGACGGAAGACAGUUUCAUAGCCGGCCACUGCAUCGACGGCCGAGUCCUGUUCCCGGCCACCGGCUACCUCACCCUGGUCUGGAGAACCGUCGCCAAACUCAACAACAAGAAGCUGGAAGAAUGCCCCAUUGUGCUGGAGAAUGUGCAGUUCCAACGGGCCACUAUCGUGAGCAAGGACGCGCCGACUAGAUUCCUGAUCAAUGUGUUGGACGGAAGCGGCGCUUUUGAGGUCUGCGAGGGAGGUUCUAUCGCCGUCUCCGGUAAUGUGAGGAUUCUGGAUGAGCCCGAGAAAGAGGUUCUGAAACUCGAACCCCCAACCGUCGAGAAGGGAGAAGGAUUACUGCCGUUGGACAACGAGGAUAUCUACAAGGAGCUCCGUCUGCGUGGCUACCAAUAUGGUGGAAUCUUCCGCGGUAUCAAGAACAGUGACGCGCGCGGUGUGACCGGAGGCUUAGCUUGGGAGGACAACUGGAUCUCGUUCAUGGACACGAUGCUUCAGUUCGGUAUCAUCGGAGUAGACACCCGGGAGUUGUACCUGCCCACUCGUCUGCAACGCGCGGUCAUCGACCCCGCCGCGCAUUUCCGUGCCGUCGAAGCAGCCAACGGCGCCCCGCUCACCAUUCACCAAUACAAAAACUUAGACGUGGUCAAGGCUGGUGGUGUGGAACUGAGGGGAGUUAAGACCUCAUUGGCGCCCAGAAGGGCCAACCCUCAGCCGCCGCCGAAGCUAGAGCAUUACGUCUACCUGCCUUAUGACAAUGCUACCGUUUCUACUGAUGACACGUCUCGCUCUCGCCGCGAUGCGCUGAUUGUCAGCGUGCAGAUCCUUCUAGAAAACGCUGGAUCUCUUCGUCUGAAGAUCACUGAGGCUGCCUUGGAGCGUGCUGAAGAGGCUUUGUUGCUUCCUCAUGCGUUGUCAGCCCUGGAAGCCGAGCCCAUGGUUCGCGCGGACGCCACAGUGGCCGCCGGCGCUGGCGCCGCUAAUUACGCGACUGUUUUGACACCCCUAGCCGUCCCAGCCAAUAACAAGGACGCUAAGACAGUGGCCCCUGACACCGACUGUCACUUGGUUCUCGCGGCCGAUGUACUAUCCCGUCACGGCUUGACUACGCUCCAGAAUCUGGCUGCGGCUCUGAAUGACGUCGGUAUGAUCUUGCUGGAAGAGCCCCAUUCUACACUCGACGACCCCAGCUCAAAGGAAAUGCUCAAGAAGGCUGGUCUGCAACUAGUGUCCCGCCAAGUGGCUGCCAACAGCGAUUACUUGCUACUGAAGAAGGUUGCAACCAUCCCUAAGGACACAAUCAUCAUUGACGUAACGCCGACUGACUACAAAUGGGUGGAGACACUCCGUGAUGCCAUGAAGAAGGCUGAAACAGAAGAGAUGCGUAUUUACGUAGUCGCUAAAGACGAGAUGAACGGAGUUCUAGGUCUGGGUACAUGUUUGAGGGCCGAGCCUGGCGGCAAGGCUGUCAGAGUGUUCCUGAUUGGAGACGCCAAGGCGCCCGCGUUUAACAUGACAGCGGCCGCGUACAAGGCGCAAGUUGAGAAGGAUGUGGCCGUCAACGUGAUAAGGUCGGGAGUUUGGGGAUGCUACAGGCAUCUGCUGCUCAAUGACGUCAGCGACGCUCAGCUGCAGUUGGAGCAUGCGUACGUCAACACGCUGACCCGUGGUGACUUGGCGUCUCUGCGCUGGAUCGAGUCUCCUCUUCGCUACCACGAGUUUGAUGAGGUGGCAAAACGCACCCCUCACCGCAGCGAACUAUGCUCCAUCUACUACGCGCCGCUGAACUUCCGCGACAUCAUGCUGGCCACCGGCAAGCUGCCGCCCGACGCGCUGCCCGGCAACCUGGCCGGACAGGAAUGUAUCCUGGGUCUCGAAUUCAGCGGUCGCGACACCAAGAACCGCCGCGUGAUGGGAAUGGUAGCCGCCCAAGGUCUCGCCACUACCGUGCAGGCCGACCCAGGCUUCCUGUGGGAAGUGCCUAAGUCCUGGACCCUAGAACAAGCCGCCACCGUCCCCGUCGCCUACUCUACCGCUUACUACGCUCUAUGCGUGCGAGGCCGCAUGACUAAGGGAGAAUCAGUUCUAAUCCACGCCGGAACGGGAGGUGUCGGUCAAGCCGCCAUUGCGAUAGCUUUACACGCCGGAUGCACUGUGUUCACAACUGUGGGAACGCCCGACAAACGUCAGUUCUUGAAGGAAAGAUUCCCUGGACUCAAAGACGAGAAUAUUGGCAACUCGCGUGACACAUCCUUCGAGCAGCUUGUCCGCACGCGGACAAACGGAAAGGGAGUGAACUUGGUGCUGAAUUCUCUGGCCGCGGACAAGUUGCAGGCGUCCGUGCGCUGUCUGUGCGAGGGCGGACGCUUCCUCGAGAUUGGGAAGUUGGAUCUGUCUAACAACACGCCUUUGGGCAUGUCAAUCUUCCUCAAGAACACCACGUUCCACGGCAUCCUUCUAGACGCCCUAUUCGACGCGGGCGACCAUCCCGACAAGCGCGCCGUGGUCAAGUGCAUGGACGAAGGACUGAAGUCUGGAGCUGUGAGGCCUCUACCGUCCACGGUCUAUGGGGACCAACAGUUGGAGCAGGCUUUCCGUUACAUGGCGACGGGCAAGCACAUCGGCAAGGUGCUGCUGAAGGUGCGCGACGAGGAGCCCGCCGGCGCGCGCCCCGCGGCCAAGCUGGUGCCCGCCAUGCCGCGCACCUACAUGCACCCCGCCAAGACUUACGUACUAGUCGGUGGUCUCGGAGGCUUCGGUCUGGAGCUGGCGCAGUGGCUCACCGUCCGCGGCGCCACCCGCAUCGUGCUCAACUCGCGCUCGGGCAUGCGGACUGGGUACCAGGCGUAUUGCGUGCGCAGAUGGCGCGCAAAGGGCGUCCAAGUCCUCAUCUCCACAACCGAUGCCACCUCAGUUGCCGGCGCCAAGGCCCUCAUGCAAGAAGCCAACAAGCUGGGCCCAGUCGGCGGCGUGUUCAACCUGGCCGCGGUGUUGAAGGACGCCUUUUUGGAGAACCAGACGCCUGAAGACUUCAAGGCGGUGGCGAAGCCUAAGAUUGAUGGAACAAUCGCCCUGGACAAAGCGACCCGCGAGCUCUGCCCUCAACUGGAGUACUUCGUGGCCUUCUCCUCAGUCUCCUGUGGUCGUGGUAACGCGGGACAGACCAACUACGGGCUGGCCAACUCGAGUAUGGAGAGGAUCUGUGAGAGGAGGACCGCUGAUGGACUGCCGGGGUUGGCUGUGCAGUGGGGCGCUAUUGGCGACGUCGGCCUAAUCAUGGGCAUGGGCGGCGACGACGUGGUCGUCGGCGGCACAUUACCCCAACGCAUCCUCUCCUGUGUCGAAUCCCUGGGCACCCUGCUAGCCCUCCCUCACGCGGUGGCCGCUUGCAUGGUUCUCGCUGACAAGAGCAGAAAAGCCGCCUCGCCUACCCAAGACUUGGUGCAAGCUGUGGCCAAUAUUCUGGGCAUUAAGGAUGCGAGCAAAGUGUCCGAGACGGCGAAUCUGGCCGAGCUGGGCAUGGACUCGCUAAUGGGUGCUGAGAUUAAGCAGACUUUGGAGCGCGGCUACGACGUAGUCCUCGCCGUGCAAGAGAUCCGAGCUUUAACCUUCGGCAAGCUGAAGGAACUCUCCGGGGGCGCUACCGACGCCGCCCCCGCCGCCCCUGCCGCCGCCGCCGCCCCCGAGGACCUCGUGCAGUUCGCCAACAUGGGCGAGCUGAUGCCCAAGCAGGUGGUGGUGAAGUUGCCCAGCCAGCCCGCGCCUAAGGAGGUCAAGCCUGUGUUUAUGGUCCACCCAAUAGAAGGCGUAGCGGCGCCGCUCCGCACGCUGGCUAAAACCGUCCGUGGUCCGGUCUACGGGCUGCAAUGCGCCAAGUCGGCCCCGCUCGGCUCCAUACAAGAGUUGGCCGCGUUCUACGUGACUCACGUUCGCGCCGCGCAGCCGCUGCCGCCGUACACGCUGCUGGGGUACUCGUUCGGAGCGGGUGUGGCGUUUGAGAUGGCUUUGCAGUUGGAGAAGGCCGGCUGCGAAACCCGCCUAAUCCUAGUCGACGGGUCCCCCGAGUACGUGGCGAUGCACACGCGCCGCGGCAAGAGCAAGCGCGCCAGCCGCUCCGCCGCCGCCGACGAGGCUGAUGCCUUGACAUACUUCACACAGCUGUUCACCGACACCGUGGACCAGGCUAAGGUGGCGAACGAACUAGAGCACCUGAGCAGCUGGGAGGCGCGCGUGAAGCGCACCACGGAGCUGAUCGGCAAGUCCGGGGCCGACGCCGAGGAGCUGGGCGCCGCCGCCGCCAGCUUCUACCGCAAGCUCGUCGCCGCCGACACCUACAAGCCGUCCGGCAUCCUCAAGGCGCCCGUCACUCUCUUCUCCGCCACGGAUAACUAUGUCGCGCUCGACCCUGACUACGGGCUGAAGGCCAACUGCGCGGGCAGUCUGUCGACUACCCCCUUGACCGCCAACCACCGCACCAUCCUCAUGGGCGCGCCCGCCGCCGCCAUCGCCGAGCAUGUCAGCAAACUGCUAGCGUAGACCGGGAACGAAUAAAGAGGGAGAGUCGGUGAGAUGGAAUAGUUUGUUACUUUUAGUAUCAAAGUGCUGACGGUCUCAUUUAGAUCGCGAAGCACCAAUAUCAGGUGUCUAUUCCAAAGUCUCGAGCCCGAAUUAAAGGUAGUAAAGGCCGACUCAACCAGUAAAGCUACACUCAUGUAGCGAGAUAUUGAUAUUUUUGUAAGUAAACGAGCGCCGGUGACCCGUAGUGCGCCGGCGCCGCUGGGUCACUCCUUAGUACACAUCACAGCGUCGCCCCGCUCGCCCCGGCCGCUCGCUCGAGCGAAGCGAGUCCGAGCGAGCGAGCGACGCAAGCGACAAUCGAAGGAGACUUUUGACGGAAAUAAACUGAUGACCUGUUGGUGAUUUUGAAACUAAAACAGUCAAUUGUCUUUAUGAAUUUUUGUAUACUCUUACAUUUUGGUAUAAAUGGUAAAUAAAUCGACUAGUAAUUUUGUAUUGUUAAAUGAAAACGGCCAUAAGUAUCCUUUGUUAUUGUCGCAGGUAUAGUUAGAAUGAUAUCGCCUCUCUUUUAGGACGCGGGGUUUGCGUAGGACUAAGUUAGUGAAUUUAAUUUAUAUCUACUAUUCCUGCGGGCUCAGCCCGCGCUUGUGAUAAUUUAUGACAUUCCAAUUUGUGUACAUAGUUAUAUAAACACGUACCUAAAGGACAUACAGUAAACAAGUGACGAAACCCUACCCAUGCAUCGGUCGCCUUGUUGUAACUCAUACAUUGUAUAACAGUGUAUUUUUCUCGAAUAUGUUUUAUAUUUUUAUUUUUUAAUUGUAUUUAAUUGGAAUACCAAUUUACUUUUCCUAUGAUUUUGACAAUUUAAUAUAAAAUUAAUACAACUAUUGUAUUGUAAAAAACUAACUUCCGUAGGUGGGUUUCUUCGCUGGGACAGUACAUAUUUAUGUAGUACAUAGUAUAUAAGGCUGUAUGUAGCAGUAAUUAGGUAGUUCCUUGUGUAUGGUUGUUGUGUUAAUUUAUUUUGUUACGACUUGGCGUUUGCGCCCUGUGAUUAAACGUGCAUUAUUUUCAAAA